AUGACGCGAUAUAAAGUUUUUUUUCUCACUUUUUUCAUUAUCCUUUUAUUUGCUAUUAUUUCAAUCAAUUGUUAUCACGAUACUGUGAAAAGAAAACAUGUCGAUGGACAUCAUCAUAAAAAAAAGCAUCAAAAAAAUGAAAAUAAUUUAACGAAUUUAAUAAAUAAAGAAAAAAAUAAGGAAAUGAAAAUACUGAUUGGAUUAAAAAAAGAUGCCGAAAUACUAAAAAAUAACUUAAAUAAAAAGACAUUUAACAUAUUUCUCACAAAAACUAAAAAACAAGGAAAAAUUAAAGAAGAAAAUAAGGAGAACAAUAAAUAUAAAUUUUUAUCAUUUUGGAGACAAAAAAUGAAGAAUCGUAUUAGAAGUUUGAUGAGAAAAAUCAAACGAUUGGAGAAAAAACUUAAAAAAAUGAAUUUACAAAAGGUAAAUAACAAAAAUGAAAAGAAACUUUUAAAAAAAGAAAGAAAAAAAUUGAGAAAUGAUAAAAUAGAGAAGAAGAUUAGAGGAAUUGUCACAUUAGAAAAAGUCAAUAUUAAGAAUAAAAAAAAUCAUAAGAAAAAUAAAAAAAAUGAUAAAGAUAUACAAGAAGAGAAUAUUUUAAUAGAAAAAACAAAAAAAGAAGAACGUUUGAAGUCAUUUCAUUUAUCACAAAAUAUUUCAUUAAAUGGUUUAGCAGGUUCAUCAUGUCAAAGUCAUCAUGAAUGUAAACCUGGAUUAUGUUGCCAUCGAGUAAAACAUCCAAAACCAUCUGAUCCAAUAGCUAUUUGUGUGUUACAUGAUUUGACAGAUGGUUCACCAUGCAAACAUUCAUGUGCUUGUCAAUCUGGACUUCAAUGUUUUCUACCUUCUAAAAAUCCCAAAAUUAUAAAUAAUCAAGCAAUAUGUAAAAAAGCAUCAACUUCCGAUUUUAUAAAUGGUAUUUAUGAGAACAGUAAGGAAACAGUUUUUGAUAUGGAUCAUGUAAAAGUUUCUUCUUAA